AUGGGUUUCGGUAAAUCCGAUAUACUAAUAGAACAUCAGCGCGGUAUGAUGAUCUUGGGGUACCCGGUCUUUUCGCCAAAUCUUUUGAUUCGAGGGGUGGAUCCUCCCCAUUUUCAGCUUAUAUGUGAGGGAGGUGUUUUUGUCGAACCUGAAGAAAUCAAAGCUGGGGCAGGUAUGUAUCCUCUGGACCUUAACGAAGCUGGGAAGCGGUUCAAGUGGUUUGUGUCGAUGGAUCACGCCGGGGAGUACGACACCGAUGAUCAGGGCUGGUGCUACGGGUGGAGGUUUCGAACAAGCAAAUGGAAGCCGCGAAACGGAUUUGUACGAAAGAGAUUCUGGAUACGGCUUCCAGCCGAUACAAACGUGCUUUCUCUCGACGCCUGUGGCGACGUGGGCGGCUUUUCUGGCAGCGACGAAUCACAAGAAAAGAAGACAACUAUGUUAAGUGAGCCAAAAGCCGUUAAUACUAUUGAGGAUCACCUUUUAACUCGACUCAAAAAUGCGCUCAUAGACAGACAACGAUUGGAACUGGUUUUCGACUUUCUCGAAAAAUACGUCCGUUCGACUGCCAGCGACCCAACCGCGGAUGGAAGAAGAGAGCUUUUGGAUGCCGAAACUCUCGACAAAAUCUUGGUUACUUUUCAAUACCAGGAUUCCAAAGAAAGGUUUCUACAGCGGUACAACGCGUUGUUAGUUUCCUUGCAAGGGAUGCAAGGUGGCAGUUGA